UUCGUGCUCCUCCCAGCUCCGCUUCCUCGGAGCGGUCCGGCCGCGAGGGAGUCUUUGCUCAGCAGCAGAAGGAGGCGAUGGCUGCUACCAUGGCGGCGAAGAGGGGAGAAGGAGAGGAGCAGGAUUUUCAACAGGGGGCGGGCAAGGUAGAAGUGGGGUCGAUGGCUCCGUCCCCCAAUCAGAACGACAUGGCAGCGACCACGCCGAGGCAGGAUCGCGGGCAGGAUCAGACGCAGGUGCAGAGCCAUCAACAUCAGCAACAUCGCAAGGCGGUGCCGGUACUGUGAGCAGCAGCCUUCUCCGCGGGUACAUCGCCGAGACGCAGGUGCAGCUAGGGAUUGUUACGCUCGUUGCUAUGCUGGGCGAGGGAGUUGGAGCAGCGAAUUGGCAGAUUCAGCCGCCAUUCGACGUGGUGGUCACGCUCGACACAGCUGAUGGGGAGAGGGAGCAGCAAAGUCUGCGUAUGCCUUGCCAGCUCUGUCCAAACCAGAGCGGCGAUCUCAGCGUCUCCAUCCUCAACACGGUCAAGCUGCGCGCCGAGACUCGCACCGCUGCGCCCAGCACCCUGCCAAUUCCUACCUCGCACGCGUAUCUCUCCCACUCGCAUCUUUCCACUACUCUACCCCCCUCAUUAAACUGCAGCACCUGCCUCCAGCCUCUCCUCAUCCCCCCACCAUCCGCCAAGUUCAUAGCUAUGCCUUCCGAGCACUGGGAGGAGCUCAUCGACAGCUGGAUGUGCCAUGGUGAUCAGCGAUUGAACGUCAGCGUAACGCAAGGCCGAGAGGGGCUCGAAGAGGGACGAAGGAUUGCGGCGGGAGAGGGCAGAGUUGGGGAUGCAUGGGUGGCGUGGGACACCAGUGCCGUUCCCGACGGGGCGAUCAUUGACCUGCAAGAGGUGAGUAAAGGCGACAAGAGAUGUGGCAUGAUCCGUCGUAAACGUGCCUGGCAUGGAGUUAUGGACACAAAGAAGGUCGACGUCGACUCGGAUCGGGCUUCGGCCUGCCUCGAACCUAUCGACGGCCCAUAGAGAUUGCUUGCAGGAUAGGCUGGCGUCACCCGCUACUUUGCUGGCUCGUCUUGCGCGACAGCUUCCGCUGCUCGUGCGAGAAGCGUCAGCACGGUUGCGGGCUCUGGCUACCCUUCUCCUGCCUGGUA